CUUGCAUCAUUCAAUGUCUCUGGACUCAGCAUCCCUCAUUUGGCAGGUCAAACAUUGGUUCAAUAUGCAGGGUCCCUCACUGGAUGUGAUUUUCACACAAUAUCUCAGGCCAUGCCAUUUAUACUCUAUGAUCUUGUUCCACAUGAAUGCUGUGAGGCCUUCCUUGCCCUAUCUUCACUGAUCCCUUUGGUUUGGCAGCCAUGUAUUGACAAUGCUGAAGAGCACUUAGUG